CCGGGGAGGUUGUGUGGAAGACGACUCUCAGUCUUUACUUUCGGUGGAUUUUGAUUGUACACUGCUCAGCCCUUCAGCUCCAUCACACAAUCAUUUUCUUCUUCACUUCUUGCAAAUUCCCAAGUUAAGAAAUCAUUACCAAAAACUAAUAAUCUCUUAGCAAAGAAGAGUUCAGACACCCAGCAAAUUCUCAAUUUAAAUUACAAAGAAAGAAAACUAUGGAUUCUGAUUCGUGGGCUGCUCCUCUUUCUUCUGCAUCCAAGCGCAAUUUUUUCAAUUCACAAUCUCGAUCUGUGGGGAUGAAAUUGGACGGUUUUGAUGCUGAAAUGUUGAUGGCGUUUGAGGAAAUUGACAUGGAUGAUGAUAUAAGAGAUGAGUAUUCAUGCCCUUUUUGCUCGGAAUAUUUUGAUAUCUUCGGACUCUGUUGCCACAUGGAUGAUGAGCAUUCUAUUGAGGCUAAAAACAUGUGUCCAGUUUGUGCGAUGAUGGUGGAUGUCGACAUGGUUGGUCAUAUAACCUUGCACCAUGCCAAUAUAUUUAAGAUGCAGCGCAAGAGGAAAUCACAUAAAGCUGGUUAUCCAAAACUUUCUUUGUUGAAGAGGGAACUGCGAGAAGGGAAGCUACAGUCACUUUUUGGAGGGUCUUCCCGUGUAGCUUCUUCAAACAACGUAGCUCCAGACCCAUUGUUGUCUUCAUUUAUUUUGCCAAUAGUUGAUGAUUUUGGAAGCCUUCCAACGCAUUCUUCAUCUGAGUUAGUAUCAAUCAAGAAAAGUGCAACCACAAAUACUUCAGAAAGGUAACCCUUAUUAAUUUUUUUGGUUGAGUAGCAACUUUUUUGUAUUAGCAUAUGGUUACUCGUGCAACAGAAUCUAUUUUAAAGUUCACCACAGAUUGAAUGAAGGAUUAUAAGAAUCUAAUAGAAAAGGGUGAAAUCAAAUUUCAAUUAGGAUUCCAGAUGCUGCCUAUUAAGUUGUUGCUUGUUCUUGGCGUAUAUUGUUUUUAAUUUGCUGGUUCAUCAAAUAGAAAAGAUUAUAAUGGUCCUUGUUGCAUGAUUUAAAGUGUUUGUUUUACUUCCAUAGAUGCUGAUGUAUUUUUAAGCAGCCAUUAAAACCAUUCUUUAGGAUGCUGUCAUCUUUCUUCUUUCAUUUCCUUGAAUUUUUAUGUUAUCAAUUGUAAUUAAUGAAUAUGGAUGUCACUCUCUUGAGUGACAUACAUUUUGUCCAUAACAAUAGCAUACUGUAGACUGAGUUUUAUUUUCAAAUUUCUUUAGUCAGCGAGGAAAAAUAUAAGUAAUACUAACAAUGCUAUGAAGAAGGAAGGAAUUGAUAUUAUUAGUUAUUACAUUUAAUACCGAAGUGAUUUUCUGCCAUGAUUGAAUGUGCACCUUUUCAUGUGUUUUCCAUUGUAUUUCAUUUUAGUCCAAUUAGAAUGAUUUCUAUUUUGCAUGAUUAAAAAUAAUAAUAAUAAAUAAAAAAACAAGCCCAUCAUCUAUUAUAUGCUAAAGAAUAUAAAUUGGCACUACUUAAUAUGGCUGUGGCAUGCUUCCAAAAACUUGAAAAAAUAAGUGAAGAAAUUAUGUUCCUGUCAUUUCUUGGUAAUAAGUUGGUUCCAUUAAUGUCCUCGUAAUUUAAAUAUGAUUAUAGUUGAUCUAGAAUCCUGGUAUGGCCUAGUUCUUCUGAUCCUCCUAUCUGGGCAUUCUAUUUUAUGCUUUCAUGGGUGUGAGCUGAAAUUUGGACCGGCCCUUGAAAUUUCAAGUUUGACUACUCAAUAUUAUAGAUGCUUUUAUCAGACGAACCGAUCUCCAACUAUUGGUAUGCCCAAUUAUCAAGAUCAUUAAUCUUAUAUAUGAGAGCCAUGGAUAUAAUGAAUACGAAGAUGAACAGCAUAUAUGCUUUUGUAUGGUACAUUGGAAAUUGGAAGAGCGAGGCAGCUUUUGGACAAAUUUUGGUUCAGUCUAUUUUUCCACUUUAUUUGUUCCAGUUUAAAGAUCAUUGUUUUGUGUUUCUAAUUAACCAUAGCACGUUGAUUCAGAAGCAUUUGUUUCAAAUUUGAAUUCUGUAAAAUUGUUGAGUCUAUAUUUAAAGCUGUAAGACUGGAAAACUGGUAUGAUGUUGCUAGAGGGCUGGUGUUUAUUUUAAUCAAUUUGGACCAAAAAGUAAGAGAGAGAGGCAUAAAUAUAGAGUAUGCUUGGCAAAGUUGAUCAUAAAAAUAUUGGGGGACCAGAUAGUUAGGGAUUUAGCCACUGUUAUUGUAUACGGUGCUUAAGGAGCCUAAUGCGCUUUAACUAGAACAAUUAACACGAAGAUAAUGGCUUCAAUGUAUUAAUAUAUUAACGUUCCCAAAAGACUAUUAUCUAUCUUAGAAAAUGAAUUUGACACUGCAGGGGAAAGAAAAGAUUAUAGCCACUACAUAACAUCUGUUUUCUAUUUAAUUCUUAUUUUACUUCUUUUAUGUUUUUCUUGUUGCAUGUUUGGUUUUUCUAUUAGUUAUCUUUUUUAUAGAUAUGGGAUAAGAAAAGAAAAUGCUGAGGAUGAUAGUUCUAAGAGGAUUUUUCUUGAGAACAAAAUAGUGAGAGAAAUGAAAACUGAUCCUCUUUUAGAAUUUCUUAUUAGCAUUCCUUAUU